AUGACACGGAUGAUUGUCCUCGCGGGAGCCCCAGAGUCCAACAAGCUCGACUGGAGCGAAAAAGCUCUGUUACCCAAAUCCAUGCACGUCGAAUCGAUAACUUCACCGUCAUCACAAUUUGGUGCUCAAUGGAGACAAAUCACCAACGCAAAACUCCAGAUGCGACCGAUACUACCCAAACUCAACAUCGAACCUCGACCGACUCAAGACGAUGUCGAUCGUAGUGGUGCCGAAUUCUUCAGUGCAGAAGAGCAUGUCGGCACGCAAACACCCGGGAGCGAUGUGAGUUGCGACGAAUCGCAACCUUCAGGAGGAUCGACCGAAACCACUUCCGAGGCGCUAUCAGACUACUACGAGCAUUCAUAUUCUAUACACACAGCUAUUCCGUCAUCACAAUUAUCCGGCUUUUCAGAUUACACGCCGGGCACGCCGACCUAUGAAAGCAAUCAGGAAAUGUUUCCUCAGACGCCCGGCUCGGGAGGCGGAAUUAUUCGCAGCCCUUCACAACCACGACUAGGUCAAGCGCCACGUCCGAAACAUCUAAGCGACCUAGAGGAUAUUCCCAACGCGCGGUAUUUGUCGUCAAUAGAGCCGCAGACCAUGACCGUGAACCUGAUUGUCGGCAUUCUAUCGAUAUCACCGCCACGAAUGGUGGUGACGGGGACAAAAUAUGGGCGACCACGCGAGACGGAACUGAUCGAGAUGGUUGUGGGCGACAACACCAAAACGGGUUUCGUUAUCAGUAUGUGGCUGCCACGCGAGAUGCACGUCAACUGGAAGGACGGUGCGCACGCCACGCCGGAAGGGUCACGAAGUAUUCUGAGGAGAUCACUACGAUUUAUGAGACCGCGCGAUGUGGUGCUGUUGCAGAAUGUUGCGCUGAGCUCGUUCCGCGGCAAAGUCCAUGGACAGAGCCUCAAGGGCGAUGUGACCAAGAUCGAUCUUUUGUUUCGCAAGAAAGUCGACGACGAUGAUAUUGGAGGGAUUUACACCCUGUCGAAUCUUCGGACGGCGAAAGAUCCUCAGGUGUUGAAAGUCAAGAAGGUUAGAGACUGGAUGAUGGAGUUUGUAGGGGAUCGAGACCGAUCGACAUCGAGGCGGCGAAGAGGAGGUCACGACUAUGGAUUUUUGCCCGAGGAUACACAGUCACAGUGA